CGCGCGCGCCAUGGAAGCGCUCUUAGAACAGCUGGAGCGCUUUUCCGAGGUGCUGGCGGUCUCCCGCACGAGCCACGUCAGUACCUGGGACUCCGCGACAGUGCGCAGGGCACUCCAGUGGGCUCGCUACCUGCGGCAUGUCUACCGGCGCUUUGGCCACCACCAACGCAUCCGCACCGCCCUGGAGCGGCGCCUGCACGGCCAGUGGAGGCCGGAGGGCGGCCUUGGGCUGGGUUCGGUCCCGGGCCUGACGAACUUCGAGGCCCUCGGGUGCAGUGAUGUCCUGUUAUCCCUGCGCCUGUUGAGCAAUCGGGCCCUCGGGGACGCCGCCUGUUACCACCUGCUGCAGCAGCUCUUCCCCGGCCCUGGCGUCCCGGGCGGCGACGAGGUUUCGCUGCAAGACCAGCUGGCCCGCCUCGCUCGCCGCCGCUCGGCAGUCCACAUGCUGCGCGCCAGUGGCUAUCGAGAGAGCCCGAAGCUUCAGGAGGACCCGCUGAUGAAGACUCAGGCGGAGCUGCUGCUGGAGCGUCUGCAGCAGGUGGGGUCAGCCCAGGCGGAGAGCACGAGCAGGUUUCUCAGCAGCCUGUGGGAGCGCCUGCCGCGGAGCAACUUCCUGAAGGUGAUCGCGGUGGCGCUGCUCCUGCAGCCGCCGCAGGCUCCCCGGCCCCAGGAAGAGCUGGAGGGGGGCCGUCCCCAGACAGCUGGAGAGGGGAGUCGAGAGCUAGUCCAUUGGCUGCUGGAGAACUCGGAGGUCAUGGCUGCUUUUUGCCGGAACAACCCAGCGGGGCUUUUAACGUCGGUGGCAGUCCGUUACCCCGCGCUGACUCGCGUCUAUCUGGCUCUGCUCACAGACUGGGGUCGGCACCUGCGCUACGAUCUUCCGAAAGGCGUUUGGGUUGGGGUCGAGACCCAAGAUGUGCAGUGGGCGGAGUUGUGUGAUAGGUUCCAAAGCCUCUGUCAGAGCGCCACGCCUUUGAAAGAUGAAGUUCUAACUGCCCUGCAGGCCCUCAAGAAGCAGGAUGGAGAUUUCGAAGUCCCUGGGCUUAGCAUCUGGACAGACCUGCUCUUGGCUAUUCGCAACGGUGCAUGACACUGCGUUUGGGGGAGGACAACAUUCAGGUCCCAGCCCAGGCCCCAGUUCUCUAUGGGCCACGUUUUGUUGCUAAUAAGUUGUGUAGUUUGCAGAAGAAAAUUCCAGUUUUCCCACCAAAUCUCCUAAUACUUUCAGGUGCCCCAAAUAUAGUUGUUUUAAGUGCUAAUUUUGAGUUAUUAUGAUCAUAAAUAUGAAAAGUAAUUGGCUUGUAGUACAUGGAUUUUCUAGAGGAGGUGAAAUACUGAAAGAUUUAUACGUAAAGCCAUGAAAUUGGCAAUAGUUUGCCUUGUUUUUUAGAAUACCCCUUUCUAAGAAUGUUGGAACAUUGGUACUUUUCAAAGAAAAAAAAAAAAAACAACUUUAAAAUGACGAUACAUCCAUUUUUCUGUCCCUGUGACUUUUUUAGAUUUCUUUUUAUUUCUCCCCAGUAAUGAAGCAUUUUCUUUGACCACCAACAUAUAAUGGUGUCAAAAAUUUAGUUCGAAAAGCUUAGUGGACUAUUUGGACUUAAAGGCCUAGACGUUGACCUUUUUAGUUUAGUGUUCUAACCAAAUAACCAGCCUUAAAGUAUAUAAAAUUGCGUUAUUCAAAAAGCCUCCUCAUUUCUGGAAAUUACUGUUCUCUGAAAGAGAAAGCGCACAUUGUAAAUUUAAAGCAUUGAUUACAACAAAUGUUUAAAACAUAGUCAAUACAAAGAUAUGUCUUGGGAUAUUAAUUUAGCUCUUGAUGGUAAAAGAAUCAAACUUCUGAAUUAGAAGAUCCAGGUUUUAGUGCUGUUUCUGGCGUUAAUUAGGUUAAUAAAUCACAACUUUGGUGCUACAGUUGCCUUACAGUAAAUGGCAUGUUUAGACUAAACUGAAUUUCCUUAUUUUUUUUCCCUUGCUGGUAGAGUGAUUUACAAGAAUCAAACUUAAGAGCAAUUUAUUCUUUUUUUCAAUUUAUUCAUUUUUAUUAAGAGUUAUAUAACUAUUUUUAAAAAUUUAUUUAUUUAUUUUGAAAGUCAGAGUUACAGAUUGAAAGGGAAAGAUGGAGAGAGAGAUCUUCCAUUCUCUGGUUCACUCCCUAGGUGACCGCAAAGGCCAACACUGGGCCAUACUGAAACCAGGAGCCAGGAAUGUCAUCCAGGUCUCCCUUGUGGGUGGCAGUGGCCCAGAUACUAGCGCCAUCUUUUGCUGCUUUUCCUUGGCCAUUAACAGGGAGCUGGAUCAGAAGUAGAGCAGCUGAGACAGGAACCCACACCGCUAUGGGAUGGAAUACUGACAUCGCAAGAAGCAGCUUUAACUGCUACACCACAAUGCCAGCCCCAGGAUACAUAACUUUCCAGAAAUCAAGAUUUUUUUUUUCCAUAUCCAGAUUAGUUGAUAAACAAUAUUUUUUGAAAAACAUUGGAAUUGAGAAAGUUGAUAGAAUUGAACAAAAAGAGUUGUACGAUCUUGCAGAAUUUUUCAUUUUGUAGUAGAAACUGGGAGUUUUUUUUGAUAGUCUUAGGUGAACACUAUUCUUAUUCCCUUUGGUCUGAUUCCUUUUUCACUCUAAUUCAUUUAGACCAUCAUUUAGAUGCAUUUGCUGUUAAUACCAGAAUAAAAUCAAUCCCUUCUGUCAACUACAUCAAAGUCUUUUUUUUUUUUUAAGAAAUAGUCCAGUCAAAAGUUCUGCCAUAGCAAGUCCUAGUAUAACUUUAGUUUUAGAAAAUAGCAGUUUGUUAACUUCCCAAUAUCUAGCUACAUUAUGAUUUAAGAUAAAACAACAAAGAUCAGAACAGACUUAAGUAAAGAAUACUUUGUGAUUUACUUUUAUUCUUACCACUUAAGUUCUGUGAUGUGUUUUACAUAAAUAAUCUUAUUUAAUCUGUGCUCCAAGGCUGCAUUUGUAUAAAUAUUAAUAUAAGAUGCAAGAAAUUAAAUAAAAUGCCCAGUGGCCUAUAGAAAAACAAUGUGAGAGAAGAAAAUAUAUUUGUUAUUUAUUUUGCUUCCAAGAGUCUAGUCUAGUAGGUCGCAUGGUAGGUACUCAUAAUGUUUAAAUAAAUGAAACCAGCAGCAUAACCUUAAUCUGUAUACUUUAUCUCAAACAAUGGUGACAAUUUGAAAAGAUGGCAUUGGAUAUAGUGACCUUAUUAUCUCUCUAAAGAUCUGUGUGUGGAAUAGAAGAAAAAAAGUGAGAGGAAGAUUAAAUAUGAAAGUAUUUGAGGGGCCAGCACUGUGGCGUAGCGGAUAAAGCCACCGCCUGCAGUGCUGGCAUCCCAUAUAGGCGCCGGAUUGAGCCCCAGCUGCUCCACUUCCAAUCCAGCUCUCUGCUAUGGCCUAGGAAGGCAGUGGAGGAUGGCCCAAGUCCUUGGGCCCUUGCACCCACAUGGGAGACCCAGAGGAAGCUCCUGGCUCCUGGCUUCAGAUCAACAGAGCUCCAGCCAUUGUGGCCAACUGGGGAGUGAACCAGUGGAUGGAAGAACUCUCUCUCUCUCUCUGCCUCUCCUCUCUCUGUGUAACUCUGACUUUCAAAUAAAUAAAUAAAUCUUAAAAAAAGAAAGUAUUUGAUAAUGAACUCUAGAAAUGCUCAUUUUUUAGUAUAUCCUAUCAAAGGAGGAAACAGUACUGGAAUCUCCCAUUAUGACCAUUGUUCAUUAAGUUUUAUAAUUUUUUAUGUAGUUUGAGCAAUUUUAUGAUAUCAAAUCAUGUCUUAUAUAUAAUCUUACUGAAUUUUAAAACAUGCACCGUGUUGUAUAUCAUCUUACUGAGUUUUGUCAAAUGUAAGCAUGACUAUAUCAUCUCACUGAAUUGAACCAUGCAUUUCUAGUGUCUGCCUUUCUACUUUAUUAUUAUUAUUAUUUUAAAAUGUAUUUAUUUAUUUGAAAAGUAGAGUUAUAGAUAGAGAGGUAGAGACAGACAGAUCUUCCAUCCACUGGUUCACUCCCUAUAUGGCCACAAUAGCCAGGGUUAGACCAGACCAAAGUCAGCUGCCAGGGCCUCAUCUGGGUAUUGCGCAUGGGUUCAGGGGCCAAGCACUUCAGCCAUCCUCCACUGCUUUCCCACGUGCAUUAUCAGGGAACUGAAUUGGAAGUGGAGCAGCCAGGACACAAACUGAUGCCCUUAUGGGAUGCCAGUAUUGCAGGCGGCCACUUUACCUGAUAUACCAUGUCACUGGCUCCCAAAAUAAGUCAGUAUCUUAAAAAUUCUUGUUCCUAAUGAUAAAUGGAACUUAGGAAAUGUUAACCUUCAUCUCUUAUCGCUAGAUUCAAGAAUUGUUGUCCAGUAUUUUAGUUUGUUCUUUAUAAGAAAAAGUGCAGCAAUUUAGAACAUUGUAAUUAGAGUUUUAUAUAGACAAGUACAUUUUUACUUACUUAUGUGUCUCAUGAUUUCAGUUUCCAUGGUUGCACCUCAGACAUUUUUCAUAGAAUUAAUUUACGGCCAGCGCCGCAGCUCAAUAGGCUAAUCUUCCACCUGUGGGGCCAGCUCACCGGGUUCUAGUCCUGGUUGGGGCGCCGGAUUCUGUCCCGGUUACUCCUCUUCCAGUGCAGCUCUCUGCUGUGGCCCGGGAAGGCAGUGGAAGAUGGCCCAAGUGCUUGGGCCCUGCACCCGCAUGGGAAACCAGGAGAAGCACCUGGCUCCUGGCUUUGGAUCAGCGCAGUGCGCCGGCCUCAGCGUGCUGGCCGCAGCGGCCAUUGAGGGGUGAACCAACAGAAAAGGAAGACCUUUCUCUCUGUCUCUCUCUCUCUCUCACUAUCCACUCUGCCUGUCAAAAAAAUAAAUAAAUUUAAAAAAAAAUCAAUUUACUUCCUGAUUUUUGUUUUACUAUAUUUUAUUCUUUAGGAACUCCCUUGGAGAAGGUCUCAUGGUGGUAAACUUUCUCAGAUUUUAUCUGCAAAUAUCUUUGCUCUGUUAAUGUUGGAAGUAGCUGUACAGUGGGCAUGAUUCUACCUCAACAUAUUAAAAGUGUUAAUUUACUCUGUUCUGGUUUCAGUAGUUGAUGUAAAGCAAGCUGUUAAUCAGUCUACUUACAGUGCUUCCAUAAAUGAUCUCUUGUU